CAAACGCUUAUGGAGCAAAUUUGUUCAUAACCUGCGCAUGGAUAAGGGAAAGUUGAUAUGUUCCACUGUCAGCAAUGGAUAUGGAUAGAGAUGGUAUUUCCUCCGUCUCUUCUCUGCAGUCCCUUGCCAAGCUACUUAGUGAAGCUCAGGAAGAUGAUGAUGACGACAAUGACUAUGGGCCACACUGUUCUGUUAGCACCAUGGCUCCGGGUAAUAUUGGACCAGUAAAGAAAGAGACCACUGUUACAGGCACUUUUCAAGUGAAAUCCGAAAAUAGUAAAACUAUUUGGAAUACAGCGGAGAUCCCAGAGGGAUCAGAAUUUGAUGAUACCUGGGAUCCUAGAGAACAGCCAGAGUAUGAGAUUUUAUUCAAACAGCGGGUGGGAACAGAGGACGUCUUCUUCGGGAUGAGCAGGAAAGACCCUUCCACAGCAUGCUGUGAAGACAUGGUGAUUAAAAUCAAACUGCCAGAGACAAAGUUCUUGGACAUCACUUUAGAUAUCCAGGACAAGGUUCUUGACCUUCGAACCCCCCAAAAGAAGCUGUUGCUGCACCUCCCCUACCCUGUGGACAGCAAGAAUGGAAAAGCUCACUUCUUCUCUGAAGAGGAGAUCUUGGAAGUCACCUUGAGGAUGUCAAGAGAAUUUGACUUCAUUAAUUUUGCCUGAUGAAUAGAGAGGUGGAGAAAGUUUGCAAAAAAAGAUCACUGCACAUUUGAAGUCUUCUCAAGACCUAAUUGGUCAUCAAAUAGGAGAUUGUUCCCCUUGAACAGUCCAGGGGGAAAAUCCCUGGAGAAACUGAAUGAGUCAGGAGGAAUAAAAGAGAAAGGAAAAGAUAUAUUUAAAACACCCAUAGGUUUGUAAGCUGGGGCUGUCCAGCUCUUGCUCUGCUCUGGUUAACGUUCUGCUUCCUUCAGUCUGAUACAGGCCUGGGAAUCAUCCAUAGGAGAUCACAAAUUCUAUAAGCCAGGGAAAGUCUUUCUGCAGUUGUGGCUGAUAAGUAGCACAAUGAGGCUCUGGCCCAUGACUGUGUUUCUUAGUGACUGUUGCCACACUUGCAAGUGAUAAUAUUCCUACUUGGUCUCCUAUUAGAGAAGCUGAGAACAAGGCCAGUUCAGAACUCACUUUUAACUAUUGGUGAGGAGCUCUAAGCUUUUCAGGUGUCCGUUUCCACAGCUGAAGCUCCUUUACACUGGCAGAAGAAGGUACCCUGCUAUAGUUGGACUGUUGAACAGCUCAGCUGUUUUGAACAAUUUUUGACAACGUGUGGUUCAGUGUCAUCUAUUCACCAGCUAUUCUUCUGAUCUAUCUUAGUUAAUAAAAGAGUGUGUUCUAAUGAACUGUUCCAGUUACCUUCAACUCUGCCUUCUCUGCAUUAUGUCCUGAGAGACUUCCUAGAAGUGAGGUAAGAGGAACUUUGAAUAACAAAGCAUCAUUUUCUUAAAUGAAGCAUGAAGCAUGGCAGAAGCUUUUCUAUGGCUUUCAGGUCCAAUCUAGAACUGCACAUGUGGGUAACGAAGAUGUUCUUCUUUUACCAGCUGCUGGGCUAAUACAUUCAUUUAACGUUUUGUCAGUCAUACAGGAAGAAAACAGAUAUCUGCUCAAUGAUCCAAAUGGAAAGGACAAGCAGGGAUGUAUUAAGGAUGCUUAGCCAAGAUCUUUGAGGCCUCUUGAUAAAGUCUGUCAGUACCAAUAAAAAUGAGGGCAGGAGAGGACCAGGUGCCUUUGCAGACAACUUGAGCCAGGCCUAGAGUUAAGGCAGGCCUAAAGUUAAGCAGGAAAGGAUGAGAUGCCUUUGCAGAUCUUGUCCGCACAGUGGCUUUAGUUCCAGUUCUGGGGAUUUUUCUGAUACAUCUACCAAAGCCUGGAGCAUUCUUGCUUAAAACAUGGAAGACUAGGCUGACUUCCUUCAAAAUCUCAGGAGGAGGGGAAGAGCAGCAUAAAACAAACACCCAGAAGAGAGACUUGCCGUGGCCUCAGACUGAGCUGCACAUCAUGUCCCCCUUAAGUCUCCUAG